CUCUGCGGAGAAGAGGAGGCCAGGAAGCAAUUCAGUGAAGCCUGGAGACACUCUAACUCUGUGCAUCUUGUUUUUGUUAGCCACAAACAUAACAAUGGGCAGCCCAUCUGGUUUACCCUUGGCAUCCUGGAGGCUCUCAAAGGCUGGGACCAAGGCCUGAAGGGCAUGUGCGUGGGGGAGAAGAGGAAGCUCACCAUCCCCCCUGCCCUCGGUUACGGAAAAGAAGGCAAAGGUAAAAUUCCCCCUGAGAGUACACUGAUAUUCAACAUUGAUCUCCUGGAAAUUCGAAAUGGACCCAGAUCCCACGAGUCAUUCCAAGAGAUGGAUCUUAAUGAUGACUGGAAACUGUCUAAGAAUGAGGUGAAGAUCUAUUUGAAGAAGGAGUUCGAAAAGCAUGGGGCGGUGGUCAAUGAGAGUCAUCACGACGGCUUGGUGGAGGACAUCUUCGACAAAGAAGACGAGGACAAAGACGGAUUUAUAUCCGCCAGGGAAUUCACCUACAAACACGAUGAGCUGUGAGGAAGCACCUUCUGUCUGGCACAGCACCUGGAGGGUCUCUCGUUUUUUGAGCCUUAUUUCCUAUUACUGUUGAUUCUGUCUGUUGCGUUGGUAUUUAUUUACAGGAAAGAAGUCCUUGUCUCCUGCUGUGUGUCUUUGAAUAUUAAAAGAAAUCCUUU